AUGAAUUCGCUACGACUCCAUUCUGCCUUCGGGCUCCUGCUCCGACCUGCCGCCGCUGCCCCGGUUGGUGUUUCGACCGCUGUCCACGGACUUAGAGCCUUCUCUGCGACGACAUCCUCACAAUCCGCCGAAGCCGCCCCAUCACCUGUCCCAAAACCCAAGACAUGGAUCCCGAAUCCUACACCAUUCGUCCCCAAUGUCCAGACCUUCCUCACCCUAAUCGGCCGCGAUCUUAAAUCACACGCCUCCAAAUUUCCCUCAUGGGAUUCACUUUUCAGCUUAAGUUCUGAACAACUGAGGGAGCUCGGUGUGGAACCACCACGCUCACGGCGGUAUCUGCUAAGGUGGCGGGACAAGUUUGCGAGGGGAGAGUACGGCAUUGGUGGUGACUUGAAGUAUGUCAAGGGCGGCAAAGCUAUUUUGAAGCUGGUGGAGAAGGUCAAGAGCCCAGAGUUGAGGUUACGAUAUGUGGUCAACGUGCCUGAAGGCAAGGAGGUGGAAGAUCUCCCGCUCAGCCAACAGGUCAGGGCGAAGGGUUUCAAAGUCAGGGGUGUCGACAAGAUCACAGGUCCAUAUGUUCUACCACUGAAGGGCGGUAGGGCAGCUGUGCUCAAGGUGACGGAGGGCAUGUGGGAAGACAAGAGAGGACACAAGGUGGAUGGCGGUGAGAGAAGACGGGCCGAGGUCCGCUUCAAGCGGGGUGUUGCCGAGCGGAAGGCCCGGAGAGAGGCUCAGGGUCUCUAUUAA